AUGUUUUUGGUUCCAAUAAUUCUUCUUCUUUUCCUAACGGUCUCGGGAACAUCGCCUCAAGCCGCCAGGGGAGAGGCGUGUCCGCACCAUCAAAACAAGAACGGAACGAACGAAAAAUACCACUCGCGCGCGUUAAACGCGGGCCAAAACUACCACGGGGAUACAACUUUACCAGAUGUAAUUUUGAACGAGUUUUCAGUCGUGUAUACCGACAGAGCGUUGAACUCCAUGUCCGAUACGUACGUACAGAUUCAUCGAGAGUUGAAACAGGUGUUAAAAGAGGCGUACAACGCGGACAACGCGGUGUGGUUACCCGGAAGCGGGACGUACGCGAUGGAGGCAGUAUUUCGACAGUUCGCGUCGGAUGGUGAUACGGUGUUGAUUUUACGCAACGGGUACUUUUCCUACAGGUGGACGGAUAUCAUCGAGCAAGUGACGAGAAGUCUCGGCGCGAAGGCGAUCGUCGCGCGAGCCGAGGUGAAGAAGCGAGACGGAGAUCGGUGGCCGAGAGUGCAACCGAUGGCAAUCGAGGAGGUGGAAAAGUUGAUCGAGAAACAUAAACCGCGAGUGGUGUUUGCGCCGCACGUGGAAACGAGCACUGGGGUGGAGUUACCCGCGGAGUACGUGAAAAGAAUCGGCGAGGCGACGAGAAAAUUUUCGGAUGGAAUUUUCGUGUUGGACGGCAUCGCCGCCGGCACGACGUGGAUCGAUACGAAAUCGAAUUUGGUGGACGCGUACAUCACGGCGCCACAGAAAGGAUGGAGCGCGCCCGCGUGCGUUGGAGUCGUCAUCUUAAACGAAAGAGGUGAAAAAGCAGCGAGAGGAACGGAUUCGGUCGGGAGCGCGUCGGAUUCGAUGGCGUUGAAUUUACGUAAAUGGUUGGAAGUUUCCGACGCGUACGAUAAAGGCGGGUUCGCGUAUUACACCACGUUACCGACGGAUUGCAUCGCGUUGUUUCGAAACGCCGCCUUGGAUUUGAAAAAAUAUAACUUAGGUCGCGCGAAGACGACGUUUAGUAAACUCGGCACGUCGGUCGUCGACAUGGUCGUCUCCAAAGGCUUCCAAACGGUCGCGCACCCAAAAUUCCAAGCCGCCGGCAUCGUCGUCAUCUACAUAAACAAAAACUCAAACGCCGGGAAGAGUUUCAAAUCUGUCGGCACGCAAGUCGCCGCUGGUGUCCCGUGGAUGUUGGGAAAUGCGCAACCGACCGACGUGACGACCGUUCGGUUCGGCUUGUUCGGGAACGACAAGCUGAAAAACAUCGACGAGACGACGAAGACGUUAGAAAACGCGUUGGACCAGAUUAAAGACGAGUUGUUGAUACCACCGUAA